AUGGUGGCGGAAACAAAGCUUUACGACGCCCUAUCAAUCAAACCAGAUGCUUCACAAGAUGAAAUCAAGAAGGCCUAUCGCAAGGCUGCCUUGAAGUACCACCCAGAUAAAAACAAGGACAACCCGGCCGCGUCGGAGAAGUUCAAAGAGGUCUCCCAAGCAUAUGAAGUUCUUUCGGACCCCGAGAAACGUAAAGUCUACGAUCAAUUCGGUCUGGAAUACCUCAUGCGGGGCGGACCGCCUCCGACGAGUGGCGAUGCCGAUGGUGGUGCCAACCCCUUCGCCGGAGGGAUGCCCAGCGGUUUCUCGUUCGGUGGCAUGCCUGGAGGCGGAGGAGGCGGAGGCGGCACCCGUACGUUCCACUUCUCAACUGGACCCGGUGGAAGUAGUGGAUUUCGAUUCAGCAAUGCGGAUGAUAUCUUCCGGAACUUCGCCAAAGCCAGCGGUGGCAUGGGUGGCAUGGGCGGCGGUGGCGGCAUGGAUGAAGACGACCUCUUUUCGAUGCUCGGUGGCGGCUUAGGUGGUGGCCGGGGGUUCCGAACCAACCGCGGGUCGACCGGGUUCAAGCCGUCUGCGCGUGCCCCGACGCCGGAGCCCACCGUCAUGGAGAAGGAGCUGCCGCUGACGUUGGAGGAGAUUAUGAAGGGCGUGACGAAGAAGGUGACAGUUAAGAGCAAGACGUUUGAUCCGGCGACCGGCAAACGCACCGUGCAGGAUGUCACGCUGGAGGCGAAGAUCAAACCUGGUUUACGCACGGGAUCGAAGCUCAAGUACCGUGGCGUGGGAGACCAGGAAGAGGGCGGAAAACAGGAUGUGCAUCUGAUUGUCACUGAGAAAGAACACCCCAACUUCAAACGCCAAGGCGACCACCUCAUCACAACGGUCGAACUCAGUCUGAAAGAGGCCCUUACCGGCUGGGAACGCAUUGUCCGCACGAUCGACGGCAAGUCCAUCAAGGUUUCCAAGCCGGGACCCACGCAACCGGGAUACGAGGAACGAUAUCCGGGCCUGGGUAUGACCGUUUCGAAGAAACCGAGCGAGCGGGGUGACCUGAUCAUUCGGGUCAAUGUGCGAUUCCCUGCUAGCUUGACUGCGACCCAGAAGGAGGUGCUGCGGGACAUUCUUCCUUGA